AUGAAAAGAGAUCGCUCAGAAAAUUCAGCUGAAAAUACAACAGAUCCCAAACAUACUAAAAUUGACAAUGAUGAUCCAUUGGUACCAUUUAUGAAAGAUUUUGAAGAUAUUCAAAAAGAUAUCGAACAGCUAGAUAUAAAAUGUGCACAUGAACAGAUGAAUAUACAGAAACAAUAUGAUGAAAAAAAAAAACCUUUGUUUGAAAAAAGAGAAGAAAUUAUUGAAAAAGUUCCAGGUUUUUGGGCUAACACAUUAAGAAAACAUCCAGCAUUAAGUGAUAUAGUACCUGAAGAUAUUGAAAUUUUAAAACAUUUAAUCAAAUUAGAUUUAAAAGAUAAUAUGGAUAAUAAUGGUUCAUAUAAAAUAACAUUUAUUUUUGAUGAAAAAGCAAAAGAAUUUAUGGAGCCAUUAACGUUAGUUAAACAUGUGACUUUUGAUAAUAACCAAGAAAAAGUCGUUGAAUGUACACGCAUUAAAUGGAAAGAAGGAAAGAAUCCUAUUGCAGCAGUAACAAAUAAUAGAUCAGACUUAGAUAAUGAAAUACCUAAGUGGUCAAUAUUUGAAUGGUUUACAACUGAGGAACUACAGGAUAAACCUGAUUUAGGAGAAUUAAUAAGAAGAGAAAUAUGGCAUAACCCUUUAUCAUAUUAUUUAGGCAUUGAUGAAUUUGAAGAUUUUGAAGAAGAUUUUGAUGAAGAAUUUGAUGAUGAUGAUGAAGAUGAAGAUGAGGAUGAUGAUGAUGAGGAGGAAAAAGAUGAUGAUGACGAGGAUAAAGAUGAUGGAGAUGGUGAUGAAGAUGAUGGGAAAGAUGAUGAUAAUGAUGAUUAA